GUUUACCUGGUAGUAAAGUCAAAUAGCCAUCUUUGGUAGCAAUAACCCUUGGUAACACUUGUUCACAUCCUUCAAUACUUCUUUCACGUGCAAAAUUAGUCAAUUCUUUAAUUGAUAUAAAUUGUUUCAAUCUUAAUAGUUCAUAAAAUUGGGGAGUAACAAGUUUUUCAAUUCCAACAAUAAAUCUUGAUAAUAUUUCAUCUGGCGUACUCCACUAAUUUAUAAAAUAAAAUAUUGUGAAACAAAUACCUAUUUAAAUUUAACUGUACAUUUAGUAAUUUACUUACUGACAUUUGAGAUGUUUCAAUACCAUCAGGACUUGCGUUGACUGGAGUAUCAAUAAAAGCAAUAAAAAAUUUUGUAUCAAAUUUUGUUUUAAGUAUUGAAGGUGUCAGCCAAUUACUCCAUAGAUGUAAGGCACCUACAUCUGGAUAACAAUUGUUCUGAUUACAUAAAUCAAUAAAAUUGAUUGCGUUUUUCCGAACUAAUUUUCUCCAUUUGUCUAUACUGUCUAUUUCUAAAUGAUUGGCUUUACCAGAGUUUUCAGCAAUUUCAUGGUUUAUUUGUUUGCAUAACAAUAUACCACACUCCUCAAACGUUUCUCUAAUAGCAGUAACUCUUAAAGAUAAAUAUUUUGGAAUAGAACCAGGCUCAUUAUCAGAUACAAAUUUAAUAGCUGGGUUACCUAAGAAAAUUACAUUAUUUUGUGAUUUUGAGAAUAUAUAAAAACAAUAUAGAUAAGUAUAUAAUAAUUCAUAUCUUACCAUUAUAACCAAUUAUAUUUAUGUUUAAGUUAGAAUUCAUGUAGUCUGGAAUAAUAUUUGUCCAUUCUAGAGAAGAGUCUGAUUUUUCUGUAGUUCCACCAGGAAAGACUAUAUAAUUUGGUAAAAAGGAAUUAAUUUCACUUCUUUUAAUGCAUAAUAUUUUAAAAGAAUCCCAACAGACGGUUUUCAUAUUUUUCACAUUUGAAGAUUUUGUUAAUAGUAUCACACUAGACGCUUCUCGCCAAAAACCCAUAAUAAAAAAAUUUGUAUGAUCACUAUACACGAUAGAAAAUAACAAUAAAAAAACACUUGGUUUUAAUUUUUUUAAAUUACACCAAGUACUAAAACGUUGUCCACUUAAGUUUUGAUUGACAAUAUAAUACCAACAAUAAUUGUUGGCAAUUAAUGUCAUUUGACCACAUUAUAGUAUUAUAUAUAAUAUACAUAAAUACUAAAUAGUAUAAAUAUUUAAUAGUUUAUAACCAUAUUAUCUCAUCUCUAUAUCUAUAGAAUAUUAUUAAUAUUCAUAAACCAAAAUAAAAAACAUUACAAAGCUAAAACAUUUAAAAAAUUGUUAGUGGGGAUCGUACUAUCAUAGAAAUAUAAAACAUGUUUUAUAUAUCUGUAGUAGGGAUGUAUUUUGACAAGUGUUUAUAUACAUCAACCAAUAGGAAUUGGCCAAAUAAUUGAUAUCAAAACAUUGAUAGUGAAAGGAUUAAAAAAUGUCAGAUAAUAAGUAAUCGAACAUUUCCAUUUAAUGUUAAUUAAGUAAAAAAAUACAUACAUAAGUAUUAAUUGCGUAGUUCUGUGUAAAUUAUAAAAAAAUUAUUGUCUAAACGUAAACCAGGAAUCGUUUAGUGGUAAGUGUACGUUUAAUAGGCUACAUGAUAUUUCAUUAAAUAGCUUUUUUACUUUUGUAUUGUUAAAAUACCUAAUUUUAAUUAACUUACUACUUUGGACUAGUAUAAUACAAUAUUUUUUUAUUGGAUACUAUUCUAAUUUUGUAUUAUGAAAUAAAAUGUAGUUAUUGAAAAACCUAUACCUAUUGAAUCAACAGUUUUUUAUUAAAGCAUUUAAUUUUAAGGCUGAGAGUACACUUAUGCAGUGAUGCAGCCAUAGAUCCUAACCCAUUUAUACAUAUUUGUAUCUGUUCAUAAACCUUUUUUUUUGGGUUAUUGAUAGUUUCAUGACAGCGCUUGCAUAGUUUUAGUGUCUGCUUGGCUUAACUAAGAGGAAUAUGAUAGUGUGAUGACAUUUUGUAAAUUGUAUAGUUAUUUUCUGUCACUCCAAACCAUUAAUCUAAACUUCAAAUAUUUUAAAAUAAUUUGGCACAAAAGUUAUAUUAACUAGGUAUAGUAGCCCAACCAAGAGGGGAACUGUUUUGAGUAUCUGGUAAUACUUUAUCAUCUGUUUUACUAAUAUCAAUUUAUUAAAAUGUGAUAAAAUUGUAUAUUUUUUAUAUGGAGAUAUGUGACACCCCCCUUCAAAAUAUCCGGGUUAAACUACUGGCUAGAUAUAUGCUAAGAUAUUCAUAAAAUAUUCUUUUUUAGAGUACCUGUGACAUUAAAUGCACCUAGAAGUUAUUAUUUAUAUAAAUUAAAAAUUCACUUAAUAAUCUUAUAGUGUGUUCAAUGAAAUACACAUGUUAAUAAUUUUUACAUAUUCAUUAAAUAUAAUUUCUUUUUAAAUAGCCAAUAAUGGAUAUUGGUUUCCAAGAUCCAUGGAUUACACUUACUAUUAAAGCACCAAACCAACAAAUUGAUGACCAGACAGUAAAAUGUAAACUAGAUUGGUCAGUUGCAAAACUCAAAGGAUAUAUACGUGAAACCUAUCCCAACAAACCAGUGCGUAAUUUUUGUUUUAAUUUGUUAUUAAUUAAGAAGGAGUCAUAGUUAGAUUAAUCUUAUUUGAUAAAUAAAAUAAAAUUUGUUUUUAACAGAAAACAGAGGACCAAAGAUUAAUAUAUUCUGGUCAACUUUUAACUGACAGUAUUAUUUUGAAGGAUAUUUUAAGGCCUUAUGAUGAAGAUGGUCAACUUAAUCGUAUUGUCCAUUUAGUGUGUGCUUCUUCAUCUUCUUGUAUCCCACCUACAAGUAAUUAUUACAUUUAUUUUGUUAUGUAUUAAAAAAAAAAUAUAUAUAUUGCUUCCAUCACACCAACAGUGACCAAACAAUUUACAAAUUUAAAUUUUAUAAACUUCAAUUUUAAUUAUAAUUUUAUUGUAUUUUGAUUUGAAUAAAGAAUAAUAUGUGUCAAGUGGUUUAUAAAUUAUUUAUGAUAUCACCCGGAAAAGCUUUUUUUCAUAUAUUUAUAUUGGGAUGUUGAGGUAUUUAAUAAUUAUCAUAGUUUCGUGAUCACGUUUUGUUCAUGGUCAUUUUUGGCAUGACGACGACAAUAGACUAAUAUUUUUAUGUCCACAACAAUAUUAAAUACUGAAUGUACAAUGUAUUAAAAAUGAUAUGUUUGAUAAUCAAUUCAGUCCUACUGAAGUUCUAAAUAUUUUUGGAUAGUUUAUUCAUAAAAAUAGUUAAUCAUCUAGAAAAUUAUUAUUUAAACAAUCUUUCACUACUUAUAACUAAUAAACUAAAAAGUAAAUAAAUGUAUAAAUAAAAAAUGUAUAUUUAAAAAUAAAAUAAAUAAAUAAAUGAAUGAAUGUGUCUCCUGGAAUAUUAUAAUAAGUAUGUAACUCAAAGCGAUAUAUUUAUUCAUUUAUUUUAUUUUGAUAUAUACAUUUUUUUAUUUAUAUACGAGUAUUAACCAUUUUAAUAAUUUUGUUUUUAUUUUUUAUUUUAUUAAUAAUCUAUAUUUUGUUUUUUUAUUUUAUCAUUGACCUAUUUCAUUGAACUAUAAGUUAUAAGUAAUAUGUAUUGAAUAAAUAUUAUUUUACCAUCAUAGUGUGUCUAAACAAAAGUUAAUACUUCAUAAAAAUAGAUGUCUCAUUUUGAGUUAUGAAUGAAGUAAUAUUAUUUUUCAAUUUUUCAUAAAAGUUAAAUUUUAGUUAUAAAUUAUAUUAGUGUGUAUACUUAUUCUUUAUUCAAUAAUAUCUUAUAAUCACUUUAUGAUCAUUGUAUUUUGGAAGAUUGCUAAUUAUUAUUAUUUUGUUUAAGUUCUAGAAAAACGAAAAAGUGAAUGCCCAAAAAUUAAUGAUGGUGCUAGUACAUCUGGAACUAAUGUUCGUUCAGCAGUUAAUCAAGAAGCUUGUAAAUCGUCAAAUAAUAAGCAAGAUAAAAAAAAAACUCGAAGUGGAACUAAAUCAAGUUCUAAUAAUAAUCCUUCAAAUUCUAAUGCGAAGGGUACUCCAUUGACACCAGAACAAAUAGCUCUUGAGCAAAUACAUUGGGUAAAUAAAAUGUAUGCUAUUCAAAUGGCAGAAUAUUGGAAAACGUAAGUGUACAUACUAAUUUGGUAUAAAUAAGGAUUUUUUUAAUAAAUCUAUUAUAAAAUUAAUAGUAUAAUUUAUAAAUGCUUAUUUAUAUAGCAAUUAUUAAUAAUUAAAUUUUUUUAUAGUGUGGUAUCAAGUUUGGAAGAUACUUUACCGUCGAAUACUCAAAAUAUUAACAACGAACCACCUCGCGAUUUAACUAAUAAUGGUAAUAAAUAUUUAUAGUAAUAAGUAGGGCUCGGAUUUCAAUGUGUUUGCAUCUUUUUUUUGGAAUAUCUUACUCAAUGCUUUCCAAUUUACAAAUAUAUUUCAUGUACUCCAUAUUGUAAUUAAACAAUUUUUUUGGGCAUUUCAGUUUUUAACACAUUUUAAGACAUUUUUGAGUUUUUGACGUAUUUCUCAUGCAAUAACUAAAUAAAUUGACUUCAAAAUAUAAACAUAGUACAUAUGUUAUAAAUCAUUUUUAUUUUUAGCAAUUUAACAACAGGUUCUCUGGUUUUAAAUUAGACAAGGCAACUUCUAUUGGAGUAUUUUCUUAUCAAGUGAUAAUAUUAUAUUGGUGGUGUGUGUGGCCAAGGUUGGACACUUUUAGUCCGUUAAUUUAUUUAAAGGGCGUUUUUAGAGUUUUUAUGUCAUAAAUGAAUUUUUUAUAUUUUUAGAGCAUUUAAAUCCGAGCCUUAGUAAUAUGAUUAACAAUUUCAUACAUAUUAUAAGAUACACAACAUAAAAUUAUGUAUUAAUAUUUAACUAAAUAUUAGAGAACAAUAACCAACAAGCUGAGCAAAAUGUUGCACCUGAUAAUAAUGCAAAUAGAAAUGUACGAGAAUUUGGACAACAUCAUGAUUGGUUAGAUUGGUUGUAUGUAACCAGUAGAUUAUUGAUUUUCAUUAGUGUACUCUAUUUUUAUUCAUCUCCUGGCCGUUUUAUCAUUGUUGCUUGCUUUGCACUUCUAUUAUAUCUGUAAGUUUUUUAAUUAAAAUCAUUAAUAUAAAUUAAAAAUAUAAUUAAGUUUUUAUAAUAAUAUAAAAAUUAAUUAAUUUUAUUUGAUUUAAAAUUUAAAUCGAUAAAUUUGUAUUUGAACUAUUAAAUUGGUUGAAUUACUAAUCAUAUAAAUUGAUAUUAUUUAAAAAAUUAUUUAUAGGUACCAAACUGGAUAUUUUAGACAGUUUCAUGAAAGAAGGAGACUUCAGCCACCUGAAUCACAAGAUCGAAAUGGAAAUGUUAAUGAUCCUACAGCUGUAAGGCAAAAUGAACCUUUAUUUUCAUUUUUAUGGACUGUAAUUAUUACAUUUUUUACUUCUCUCAUUCCACAACAACCAGAUGUAAUAUAAACAAAUUCAAUUGUAUAUAAUAUAA